CUGAUCGCAACGACGAAAGUAAUGCUCGCGAGAUUGUUGCACCUAAGCAGGUAUCAGCCUCGUUGUCGUCGUCCCCGCUGCUGCCAGCAUUACCGUCGACAGACCAGCGGCAGGCGAACUUUGCAGACCAGAGAGCAGUUUGAAUCUAUGUUUUUUUUUCCAUAUUUGAUAUUGUAGAGCUGCUCGGAGAGAUGGACGGAUUGCGACGCCGUGGUGUGGUUCCGGACAGUGUCGAGGGCGUCGAACGACUGCUCAAGUCACAGCGCGCCACACAAGACGACUUGUCUUCCGACCUGGUGAAAAUGGCAUCGAUCCUGAAGAAGAACACACUCGCGUUCGGCGACCUUAUUGAAAAGGACAAGACGGUUGUGGACGAGGCAUCCGAGAUCCUGGGGGGCAACGUGACACAUAUGAAUGCCCAUGGCAGUCGCCUAGAUAAGUACCGCAAGCGCUCAUGGGGCACGACCGGGAUGACCUGGAUGAUGGUCCUAGUUGUGGUCUCGGUGUUUUUCAUAAUGGUCAUGUUUAUGAGAAUUGCGCCAAAGCGGUACUGAUGACACGGCGGGGCUGAUCCUAAAGCGGAGCUGAGCUCAAGGCCGAGCUGAUGUGCGUGCGGGCGGAACAUUUUGCAUCUCUUUGCAUUGGGACAUUGACAAAAAAUAAUAAUAACAUUUUAAAAAAACACUCUUUAUUUUCCCGC